UGUCUUCGAUCUUACUAUUUGAAAACAAGAAUUCUCGGAAUUAAAACUAGACCAAGUGGACUCCAUUCACAAUCAAUGGCCACUCAAUAACUGUAUUGACUUCAAAAGCUAAGUAAAAUCCGCAAACGUAACCCAAAUGACACCGUUUGACGAUUUUGCAUACCUGGUAAAUAAUGUGUUUCUGCUGGGAGAAGAGCCGACAAUCGAGGAUUUUAUCCUUCUAAUUGGUACAGUCGUCGCAUUCAUUGCAUUCAUACUGUGGUGUUGCUUUCCCAUCCAUCCGAAGGAAAACAACGGCCAUCAGCAGUUUGCAUGUAAAUCUUUGCAGCAUUCACUAUCGUCACAGCAAAUUAAAAAUGGUGUGACCAACGGAGGAGCUCAAUUGCACUAUGGUGUUAAGAACGACCAUUCGUAUCAUUGUUGCGGCUAGUAUUAAGUAUGAAUGGUAUGCGGAGUGUAAGUUCUUAUUUAUUGCAAUUUAAUUUUUACGCAGCAACUUUGAAAUGACUAAGUUGUUUAGACUCAUAGAUUCAGAACCUUUGAAUGUAAACUUUGCUUACAUUUUCCUUUGACUAAGAAAAAUGUUCUUUAGUAUUGUGUAGGGAAUGGGGAUUGGGGAUGGAUGGUACAAUGUUAAGGUAAAUGGUAUGAUCUUCAUUGUACGCAAACAGUAUGUAUAAAAUUCAGAAUUCAUGUUAUUUGUGGCUCCUGUACGAAUCGAAUUGUAUAAGUCGGUCGUCGGUAUAAAAAUCAUUGUAUUAGCAUCAAUUAUAUGUCAAAUUAAUAAUGUGUAGCGAAUAAUUCCAACUGUAGAAAAAUUAAAGAAAAAGUCCAACCAAUUAGCUUGGGAAUCAUCUUCAUCAGACGUUAACGAUUACAUCAUUAUCAUUCGAUCAGUCGUUCGACACAACGCAAGAUGUGUACUACGUUAACGUUAUGUCCUUAUUUAGUAAUUGCGGAUUACCAAUGUUUGACUGUUGUUUAUGUUGUUUUUAGCUCGGAUUUUAUUUCUGUCGACUCACUCAAUGACUUGGUUAUUUACAACAGUGUCAGAGCAAAGAUUUGAGAGUAAAUCUAAAUCUAAAGUAAAUUGCAAGAAAAAAAUCCAUGCUAAGCUCUUGGUUAACAUGGCAUAGGCUACACUCAUCUCAAAACACUUAUUUACAAUAUUCAUGCUGUUUUUCUUAGUCCCACACUUCCACACUCGGAUUUAAUGAUUAUACGCGUAGAGUGAGACACCUACAUAAACAAUGUUCUCAGAGUGUGUGUAACAUGUUUUGAGAAGUGGGACUAUAGGAAUUUAAGAAAAACAAACAAACAAGUUUGAGGUGAGUGUAUCUUGUCCUACAAGUGUAGAGAUUCUCUACUAGAAAAUGAAUUCUUGAAUAAUUUCUUUAAUAGUUUUGGUAUUGAUUUCUUUGAGCUAAUCCAUUAACCUACAAAUUAUGAUGAGUUACACAGAGCUCUACCUUUUUUGCAAGACUGCCACUCUAAUUUCCUCAUCUCUUGGGGUUGCGAACUUGAUUCCCUAGUUUCAGAAGAUAUAGAACACAAUUACUUUUAGUCGUGUAAAGCCUCCUGACUACUACACAGUUUCCAAAUUAGUGUAAGUUAAGACAAGUGCCGGAUAAAUGUAGAAAAUUCUUUAUCGCUCGAAAGAAAAUUAUUCGGAAGUUUGAAGAAAGUCCUCUGAAAAAUAUAGACAAUUGAAGAAAUUCACUAAAGAUCCGUUAAACCCCCUAAAAAUGUCGAUAGAAAACCCGUGUCGUUGAAAAAGAAUCGUUGAAAGCUGUAUAAAGAAAAUCGUCUGAUGAGAAGAUUCCGCAGGAAAUCUUUGUCACUCAAAUUUACAGUUAUUUUCAUCUCGGCCUGUUUUCAACUAUAAUUCUAUAAGGAAACUGUUUCUUUUGAUAUAAUUGUUCUUACUACACUCAGUGUCAUUAAAACAAUCAGGAAGCCGAGCUAGUCAG